CCCAGCUCAGCCUCAGAGUGCCUCUACCUGCAGGAGAAGUAAAGAUGGACGCUGCGUACAAGAGAGUGAACGGAACCUACAGCCCGGAGGAAGAGCCAGAGACCCUGGGGACCCCGGGGACAGGGAAGAGAAGAGGCUCGUAUUUGGAGGAAGAGACCAACAAGAAAUCAGAGGUGAUUUCCUGCAUCUUUUCUCUGAAAGAAGAGGUCGGAGCUUUGGCCAAGACCCUGCGGCUCUUUGAGGAGAAGGGCAUCAACCUGACCCACAUCGAGUCCCGCCCGUCGCAGAGGAACAUAGAGGACUAUGAGUUCUUCAUCAGCGUAGACCCCAGCUGCUCCCAGGCUCUGGACGAGGUGAUCGACGGCCUGCGUACGCAGAUCAGCGGCCACGUGCACGAGAUGUCACGCAACAAACAAAAGGACACGGUUCCAUGGUUCCCUAAGGACAUCCAGGACCUGGACCGUUUUGCCAACCAGAUCCUGAGUUAUGGCUCGGAGCUGGAUGCUGAUCACCCGGGGUUCACAGAUCCAGUGUACAGAUCCCGCAGGAAGGAGUUUGCGGACAUCGCCUACAACUACAGACAUGGCCAAAUCAUCCCCAGAGUGGAGUACACAGAGGAAGAAAAAGCCACGUGGGGCAYAGUCUUCAAAGAGCUCAAGACUCUGUACCCGACUCACGCCUGUCGUGAACACAACCGGGUWUUCCCCCUGCUGGAGAAGUACUGUGGCUACAGGGCAGACAACAUCCCGCAGCUGGAGGACGUCUCCCGCUUCCUACAGUCGUGCACAGGGUUUCGGCUUCGCCCCGUCGCCGGUCUGCUUUCGUCCCGGGAUUUCCUGGCUGGACUUGCCUUCCGCGUUUUCCAUUCCACGCAGUACAUCCGUCACGGCUCCAGGCCCACGUACACGCCUGAGCCAGAUGUCUGCCAUGAACUCCUGGGACACGUUCCUCUGUUUGCUGACCCUAGUUUUGCCCAGUUUUCACAGGAAAUUGGUCUCGCAUCUCUCGGUGCCCCAGAUGAAUACAUUGAGAAACUUGCUACUGUGUACUGGUUCACCGUGGAGUUCGGUCUGUGUAAGCAGGGCUCUGAGAUCAAAGCUUACGGAGCCGGCCUGCUGUCAUCAUUCGGAGAGCUGAAGUACUGUCUCACAGACACACCCAARCUUCAGGACUUCGACCCUGAGAAAACCAGCCUGCAGAAAUACCCGAUCACAGAGUACCAGCCUGUAUACUUUGUGGCUGAGAGCUUCGAGGAUGCCAAAGAGAAAGUCAGGAAAUUUGCRUCCACCAUACCCAGGCCUUUUUCAGUUCGCUACAACCCGUACACCCAGAGCAUCGAAGUCCUGGACAACACCCACCAGCUCACCAACCUGGCUGACUGCAUCCACGGUGAACUGGGGAAAUUGUGUGAAGCCUUACGGAAACUGAACUAACAGCCGACCCAGACUGGAUCUCCUUUUCUCAAACAAAUGAUUAUUCAUUUAUUGGGCUUCCUGUGCUUGCAUGAAAAUUAGCCAUCUUUGUAUUAAAACAAAUAUUAUGACUAUAUCAUUGUAACCUGACUGAUAGAAACUGUAUUUUAGUAAAUAACCUGAAGUUUGUAAUGUAGAAACACUAGAGUUGAAGUGAAAAUAUUGCUGUCAAAAUUAUAAUUGCUUUAAUGUUACMGAGUUUGUCAUUUAGCCUCUUUUGUGAACAUUUACCCCCAAGUGAUGCAUUAAUCUGGUUAAAAAUAAAGAAUUAUUCUGUAAGUAGCUUAAAAUUUCUUCUGAUAAAUAUUUUUAUGCAUGAAAUAGAAUAAAACUUAAUAUGUGUGUACUUAAUCUUAAAACAAAACGUGAAAAAAUCCUUUUAGAUUUAAAGUUGAACACUAAUAUUUUUGUACAACAAUGUGAAACUUUUGUUUGAAAAUGUGUUUUUCAAAACUAUUUAUGUUGCUUUCUUCUUAUAUUCAUGUAAGCUGCUUUAUGUUUUGGCAAGUGGUUCUUUUCAAUGUCUAUCCAACUAGUGGUCCCCGGGCUACAUAUGGCCCCUUUUAAAAUUAAAUUGGCCCUCAUAUUGUUGUCAAAAACUSUAACUAGUUUGUAUGAAUAYGAUGUUAAAAAUAUGCAWWAUAAAACUUGUCAGAGUC